UUCCGUGCGGCGGGCGGUCCUUGAAGGGCGGGCGGCGCCCAAAAGAAUUGGGCCAAAGACGUUAGCUUACUUCCGAGUUCCAGGCUGUUGCGGACCUCGGGCGACAGCCUGUCAAGGAAGUUAGCGCGGACCCAAAUAAAACCUUUUACUCGACUCAAUACCAUGAAUAUUUUAUACGAAUAAUAUUUCCAUUGCCGUCCGACACUCGUGCAAUAAAUCAUUUAUUUUAAUCUUCCCAAAUUUCAGCAAAUUUUUAUGCAGACGAUAAAUCUGAUCGCUAUCGUCCGUCACCUCCAGCGCCGCCUGCCAACUCCGUCCAAGGACAUUAUCUCGACAAAAAACCCCGCGCCGAGACGCCAAGAAACGAGGCGUUUUGGCACCGGACCCCCGAGGAAGCGGCACCGAAUUGUGAUGUUUUGAAAUCGAAUCGGCGAAUCGGGCGGCGGCGGCGGCGGGGGCGGGGGGGGUCGCAGUGCGGCGGUAUCGAGCGGGCGGCGGCAGUGCGCCCAGGGCCGGCAUGGGCGGUGCGCUGCUGCUGGCGCUGCUGGCCGGGGCCGGCGCGCCCAACGCGACCGAGCCCGCGCCCGGGCCGCUGGCCACCGCCGCCGCCGACGACAAGCCGCCGCCGCUGUUCCCGCCCGACAUAUUCACGGAGGAGCAGCGGCGCGGCGGCGCGGUGCUGCUGCACGUGCUCGGCAUGGGCUACAUGUUCGUGGCACUCGCCAUCGUGUGCGACGAGUUCUUCGUGCCGUCGCUGGACGUGAUCAUCGAGCGGCUCGCCAUCCGCGACGACGUGGCGGGCGCGACGUUCAUGGCGGCGGGCGGCUCAGCGCCGGAGCUGUUCACGUCCAUCAUCGGCGUGUUCGUGUCGUUCGACGACGUGGGCAUCGGCACCAUCGUGGGCUCCGCCGUGUUCAACAUCCUGUUCGUGAUUGGCGCGUGCGCGCUGUUCUCGCGGACCACGCUGUCGCUCACGUGGUGGCCGCUGUUCCGAGACUGCUCCUUCUACUCCGUGAGCCUGCUGGUGCUCAUCUACUGCUUCCGCGACAACCUCAUCUACUGGACAGAGGCGCUGGCGCUGUUCUCGCUGUACGCGGCCUACGUCAUGUUCAUGUGCUGGAACCAGCCGGUGGAGCGCGCGGUCAAGAAGCUCAUCUACAAGAACAAGGUGACUCGCGUGAGGAGCACGGACCAGCUGAUGCCGACGCACCAGACCGCCGCACAAACUUUGCACGGCAACGCGACGACGUCGAGUGAGACGUCAGUGGGGACGGGCUCGGCCAUGCCCGCGACCCCCGGCCCCAGUCGGGGGGCGCCCCCCGCGGCCAAGUUCCGCCACGGGCUGCUGCAGCUCAUGAUCCACACCAUCGACCCCAUGCACGACGGUGAGUUAGGCAAGGUGGACGAGAAGGCGACACAGCUGCACGCGAUAGCGUCUCUGAAGGUGCUGCUAGAAGCCACGCGGCCGGCGCCGGGGGGCGCGGGGGCGGCGGCGGCGCGGCACUCCGCGGCCACCGCCUCCACACAGGCUAAGGAGACUCCUCUAGACCUGCCCAAUGGGGGCGUCGCGGAUAUACAGUUAGAUGCUAUAGAAGAGAUAGGAGACCUAGAGGACGACACGACUCCUCUAGACAUGUCGUGGCCGGCGGGCUUCCGUAAGCGAGUGACGUACCUGUUGGUCGCACCCAUAGUCUUCCCCCUCUGGAUCACGCUGCCGGAUACACGGACUCCUAAAGGGAAGAACCUGUUUCCAGUGACCUUCAUAGGGUCAAUAGUGUGGAUAGCGUUCUUUUCGUACCUGAUGGUGUGGUGGGCGAACGUGGCGGGCGCGACGGCACAGGUGCCGCCGGAGGUGAUGGGGCUGACGCUCCUGGCCGCCGGCACGUCGGUGCCUGACCUCAUCACGUCGGUGAUUGUGGCCAGGAAGGGCUUCGGAGACAUGGCCGUGUCCAGUUCCGUCGGCAGUAAUAUUUUUGAUGUUACUGUUGGGUUGCCCCUCCCGUGGCUUCUGUUCGGGCUCAUCAACGGCGAGCCCGUGCAGGUCAACUCCAAGGGCAUGGUCUGCAGCAUCGUGCUCCUCUUCGCCAUGCUCAUCUUCGUCAUCAUCAGCAUCGCCUGCUUCAGGUGGAAAAUGAACAAGGGACUGGGUUUUACCAUGUUCUUACUUUAUUUCGUGUUUGUCGCCACGAGUCUUGGCUUGGAGUACGGAUACUUACAUUGCCCUAGCGAGUAAGAAAUUUGUCGCGCUAGACGUCACUAAAGGAUACUAUCAAAUGUAACUUGCGCGUAUGUAGAUGACGUUAUAGUCAAUUGUUUUAAACAAAGUUUCAGUUCGCGUUUAAAUGUAAUAGAUUAAAUAAAUAUUUAUUGUAUAAUACAGAGUGAAUAUUUACUAUAGGGUAUGAUUUACGUGGUAGGAGCGGAGUUACGUUUGAUAGUAACUUUGUAAUGAAGGGUUUCAAUAUGUACAAAUACUAUUUACAAAUGUAAAUCACACUGUUUGUGAUGAUAGCGCAAACGUAAGUGUAACUUAAUGAAAUGUUGAAACACGGACGAAGACAAGCAGCACAAGCUAUUAAAUAUUGUUAGUCGUAUUCUAGAAGCUGCAGAUAUAUUUUUUGUUUAGUUAGUACUAUUAAGUUAGUAGGUUUUGUAAUUUGAGUAAUGGGGUGAUUUAAACAAACGCUCAAUAAGCUUGUUCGAUAAUUUAGUGCAGUUUAGAAGUUUACGUUUGUGUCUAAACAUAGUAUGGUUGUAAUGAAACUGAAAUUUGUCCAAAUAAGAUUGUGUCAUAUUUACAAAGUUGAUAAAUAAUUGAAUAUUCCUAUGAGAAUGCAAUAAUUAACAGAAAGCUUCUUAAUCAAUGAAUUUUAUAUAAAAUAGCUGAUGAAUGAUAUAAACAUGAAUGUUUUAGAAUUUUACUAAUCGUCUAUGGUGAGGCUGACGAACAAUUUUUGUAUUAAAAAGUUAAAGUAAAAGAAAAUUGAGUAGUCAUCAUAGAGACUGUAGCUAUUUAUAUGAAUGUUAGUUGUUCAUGAGUAUAUAGAGUGGGGGCGCUGUGGUGCAGAUCAAGUGCUACCACUAAUUUAUUGGUAAUAUCUACAAACGCAUUUAUGUGGAUAAUUGUAUCUAUUUUUGUAAAUAUAAAUUUAUUUCGUGGUUUUGUAUAGUUGGCGUUUUGAAAUGGACAUUAUGUUUUAGUAGGUUGUUUUUAUUAUUGUAAGAGCCAUAAUUGGGCUUUCGGUCCAGGUUUCUUGUUGGUAAUUGUUUAAAUUGUAAUUGUAAUUUACCGCUGAUACGAUGUGGUUCGAUGUGCGUGUGGUUGUGUCGCACACACGGAUGUAGAUGUGGAUAUCGUUAUUGUAAAUACACUUCGUAGUCGUUUGGUCGCGGGUAUGCUCGGGGCGGGAUAUUUGAAAAUACUAAAUUAAGGAAUAAUGUUGAAAAUUUUACUUAAACUGAAGUUAAACGUGAUAACUUGAACAUCAUAGUUGAGUAAAUAAACGGGUUUGCAAUAAAUAAAAGUAAUGAUCCCGCUCCAACAUCUUCGAUUGAUUGAUUGAUUUUGAACUAUGCCACUCGACUUUUCUCAUGUCAUUAAAUAGAGUUUGGUGUUCUUUGCUUUAGGAAACCUAAUAACAUUUACGUUAAUCUUGAAGCGUUCCAUUUUGAGUCAAAAUUUACAAUCGCCUAAUUGCAGAAUUGUCAAUUCUUACAUUAUAAUAGGGAUAUCUUCAUUAUGAUCAGAAUUUGAGUGUUUCACUAAGACGGUGGGUAGAUAUCAGAAGGUAUUGUAACCGUCCAUUGAUAUAUAUUUUCUCAAACAUAAAAAAUACUUUGACCAUUUCUUUUUUAAAACAUUAUGUAUAUCUACACAUAAUACAAAUGAAUAUAACCUAUAUAGAUGCCAUUGUUGAUAAUCCAGAACAGAUUUUUAUAUUGAUACCCCGCCUAUUUGACAUAGCAAUAAAUAGAAUAGAUAGAUAAAUAUUUGUAUUGUUAAGCUUAACAAUAUUCAAUAUAUAUAUUUUGGUAACGCUCAAGAUUUCUAUUUACUUUGAUUAAUGUAGACUAUGGGUUACGUCAUUGAUCAUAUAAAUUGAGAUAUCGAAUGCGCACAAUACGCUGAUAUUGACAUUAAGCGAUUUGAAUUGAUCAUUAGAAACAACAUUUUAUACGGUAACGUCACAAAUAGUCACAAUGUCUUCGCUAUCAUUCAGUUUUGUAUCCACCCCUUCCUUUAUAUCAUCUGAAUAGUUGGAAAUUUUCGAUAAUAAAAUGUCGUACAAUAAAUAUUUAGAGCAGUUACAGAAAUAACGUUUUUUGGAAUAUAAAACAACAUAUCGAUAGGUACCGAACACUCGUGUAGGUCAUAAUCUGUGAUAAGAGCAUGCUUAUGACGUAUUUGUAAAUGUUAAUAGGAAAUCGUGAAGUCUUCUACAUCACUUCAAGGGCCAACAUCACAAUUGUUAUAAUUAUGUGACUGUUAUAAUUUAAAAUCUGUAAUUUCUUAAAAAAUAUGUCAAGUUUUAUGAGACACCUCUACUUCUUUAUAUGAAACGCAAGCAAUAAUAUUCUGGCAAUGGUGGUGUUGACCCUAUGAACAUAACGAUGGUACUAGAUAUCUUUCUUCAAUAAUACGAUCUUACUGACAAUGGUACUUUAUAUUAUUGAAGACGGAAUCUUUAGUGCAAUAGUCACCAAGUUUGCAUCAAAUUAACCAGACGGGCGUAGGUUUUAUUCAUUAAAAGCGAAAGGUACUUAGCAGAUGGUGUACCGACUGAGUAAGUUGAUGCAACAGGUUUCAGUGUGAGUCCUGUAUAUAAAACUCGUUUGGAUUUGAUAGGUUACUUCUGUAGAUCGCUUAGCAACGCCACUGCAGAUAGUCAGUUUCAGGUUUUUAAUAAAUUAAGUAAUUAAAGGAAAAGUAAGGAAAAAAUGCAUGAUUUGCUAAGGAAACAUCUUGACUAUAAUUUGAUGGGAUACCAACUUAAAGAUAUGGCUGUGUGAAAUUGUAAACCUAGGUUGAAAUACUAAAAGCAUGUUGGCGAAAUUCUGAUACCUUUCGUUAUGUCAUCAAAUCGAAUAUGAUCUAAUGGAACUUGAUGAUCUUAAGUGGCGAUUCUUUCAAACUACAAAUAUAUUUAACGAAUAUCUGAAAAAAAAUAUAAAAACACUCUGUCUCUAUACUUUAAUCAUAAGCACAUAACUUCGUGGCUUUUGAAACUUCGUGAUAACAUUAUACCUACUUACUAACUUUAGUACUUAACUAUGUAGAAACUGUAAUACUUCAAUUAUGUACUUAUAUCCUUUUACAUGGUAGAGUUUAUGAAAUGUUGUAAGCACCAAGUACCAAAUGUUAUGCCUAUAAUAAUGCUGAAAUACUAUAAAUGUUUCGCACCAGUUUAACUGUUUGAAUAAGGGUUUACAUCAAGUAGCUACUAUUACUAUUUCCUUUGAAAACUAUUGAAAAUUUUGUAAAAUCUAAACAAUGGGUAGUACUUACGUUGUUACUUCCACGGGGUGACAGUACCUACCUACGUAGUAAACAUCAACCGAUACUUGUAAGAGUCGGAUUAUUCUAGACUUAUAAUUUAUAGUGUAGGUAAACCUACUUCUUAGAUAUUUCUAUUCAACAUAUUGAUCUGGUCUAGGGCGGCAGACCUCAGUCAUUUUGCAAAUCCUCAUUCAAACAUUUUUCUGGUCGUCUCAUUUUUCUAUUAUCUAUAUAAUAUACACUAGCGGUUUCUAUCUAAAUCUUUGAUAUAUACUCUAUAAGUAGCCUUUGUAAAUUAAUCAUCCUUCCAUAGCUAAUGAUAUGAUUAUGAUCACGAGUGCAUAGAUACCUAUGAAGGCAACUAUGCAAAAAUCAUAGUAGUUUUCGUAGUACCUCCUUUGAUAUUCACUUAUGACCAUAAUCUGCUCAUUAGUAUCUCGUGCUUAGAAUAAGAUUCGUUUGGUUAAGUGAACUUGUUGAAAGAAUUUCAGGAAUAGUUUUGAUUCGACGGCAAAAGCAUAAUCUUAAUGAUAAAAUAAACUAUUCUAUUUGCUUUUCUAUUAACAGGUUCUUAGCCAACAUCCUCACCGUGUAGAUACAUCAAUAAAAGAAGCAUUUGUUUAAACCGAAAAGCACGACCGAGCUAGAUUCCAUCAUCUCAACUUGUUAACCUAGGUCUAUAGGUCUAUAAAGUUUUAAACCUAACUUUUGGGCUUAUCGCUCAGUAUACUAGAACUUUACUUUACUCUUCAUAUAAUUAAGACUUAGACUUAAAUGCUGUCAUUAAAAUAAAUUAAAGGUUUAUUAACAAAAAAUAUGAUAUUCAAGUAGAGAUUGUUACUAGAGAGAUAAUUUUUAUAUAAAAUAUUGAAAUUGAAAAUAUUGCAUUUAAUUGAUGAUACACUUCCGUGGCAUGCUGCUCCACUCCGAACAAUGUGAAAGAACACCGAUAAUUAUGCUCUACUUUAUUAUUAAUUAAUAAUACUUUUUAUUUCCUUUAGCCUUCAAACUUUUCUCGUAUUUUUUUUUUUAACAAAAACAUGACUAAUAUCUCAAAUUCAAGCAUUUUUAAAAUUUACCUACAAUGCAUUAGCAAAAGCACAUAGGUUUACAUUUCCAUAACUACCUGAUGAAGUCUAUAACAAAAAAGUUAAAUUUCAUCCUUGGUUACGAAAAUUAUAAGUGAAACAAAAUGUUGGCUUUCUGUUUAAUGUUUUUUUUAUUGUACGUAGUAAAACAGAAUUUCUAAAAACAAAAACAUAAUUUACCUAAUUAUUUGUGACAUCAUUAAAUGCACUUUAAACGACUAAUUGCAGAAGAAGGACUUAAGUAUAGUUUCUAAACAACAGCUUGAAUUUGAGACCGAGUGCCCUAUCUAUUUCAGUUACUAUAUCAUGGGUGACAACAUUCAAUGCACCACCUUCAAUGCUUUUGGAAUUUAUAAAUAUGUUAAUUUGAAUAUUUAUCUUAGAUUUAAGUUUGAAAGACUACCUAUCAUGGCAUGUUAUAUUGGAUUUUUACAUUGAGCGCAUAAUUAUUUGCAUUCCGUUUAUAUAAAGUUUAAGAGCAUGCAGUAUUAUUAUAUCAGUUAAUACUUAACUACCUAUUUAAAAUUUAUAGCCGCGUAAUUUAUAAAAUAAUGAAUUCUUUUAAUAAUUAUAGCAAAGUUAUGUGCAAGCCUAACGAAGACCUACUUUUAUUUGAUCCGAGGCUAAAACUUGGUUGUUCGUAACAGAUUCCACUAAUGUAGAGAUGGCUUAAGUGUCUCAAAAACAGCAUGACUAUGCCAACUUGCGACCGCUUCGCGGGUCCGUUAUCGAUAAUCUCGUUUAAUGCGCGUUCCACCAUAUGGCGGAUUAUGGCGAAUCGCGAUAGAGUGACGUUAUCAUCGCCGAUAACGAACCCAUGCUGCAGCAGCUGGUCUUACUUAGUUCUCCAAGUGCUGUAGAUAGCACAAAUCUACUUACCUCCAAUCCUACAAGAAUAUGCUAUUUAAUAAUAUUGUUACUUUAUAGAAAGCUUUAAGAGUUGUUGAUAUUUAAACAUAUUGUGAUAGUUUCUGAUACUUAGUUUAUUACAGUUAAUAUUUAAUACAUAGCCAGUUCAAAGUUUUUAUUAAAAGCCAGCGCAUCAUUUUAAAGAGUGAAUUUAUUGACGAUAUUACCACGAACGAGAUACAUAGCCAUAAAAUUAUUUGAAAUCUGGAUAAAACUUUGUUUAAGUAAUACAUUCACCGAAAAAAUCUACUUAUAGCUUUACUUCUUGAUUGUUGUGAGCAAAAGUGUGUGUUAAGUCUAGUUCAUCAUCAUGCCACACAUUAUUGGAGAGCGAAAUACAAAUUUUAGAUUUUAGCAUGGAAUAUGAUGACAUAAGGUAACAAAUCUAUUAAAC